UGUUCAGUACAAAGCUGCACAUCAAACUUAAAUUCUAAGUCUGAAGAGUAAAGAGCAAGGAAAGAUGAAAACAGUACGAAGGGAUGCCCUUAGGCCGGGUGAUCACAUCUAUUCUGAUAGGACGUUACGUCUUUACUUUCACCAUGGCAUAUAUGUGGGGGAUGACAUGGUGAUUCACCUGAUGGGACCAAGCAAGAUUUACGACAGGCCACCAUGCAAAAAAUGUGGGUUCAAGCCACAGACUGGAAUCUUCAAAACCUGCCUUGAUUGCUUCCUGGAAGGUCACUCACUGUACCGCUAUGAAUAUGAUGUCUCCUACUUGGAGUUGCUUUUUAAACACCGUGGUUCUUGCAGCAGUCGGCACUGCAAACCGGCAAAUGAAGUUGUCGAAACAGCUCAUCGUCUGCUCCAAAACCAGAGCUUCGGCAGCUACAAUUUUUUUCUUAAUAAUUGUGAGGACUUUGCAAUGUUUUGCAAAACGGGUGUGGCCGGAAGCCAUCAACUAGCAGGCUUAGGUGUACUUAACUUGGUUGGUGCUGUUUACGAUGCAGUUGCAGAAGGGAUCUAUGAGGGCGUGGCCUAUAAAUAAGAACUCAGAACUGAUCACCACCAUAAUUAUCAUAUAAUUCAAAAGCUUAAGAAAUUAACUGGCGAAACUCAAAGGACCAAACUAUAUACACUAUUAGUAAGGUUUAGAAACACUUCUAUGGAAUUACUUUCUCUAUGUCUAGAGAGUGUUCUAGUUCCAUAUAUUUAUAAUGAUAAUAUCUGUACAAUAAAAAAAAAAGAAUAAAUGACAAAUAAUGUAGUCGAGUUUAUGGCUACAGAUUAGCCAAUA